CGUCCGGAGGGAGUCGGCGCGGAGUGACCCUUUCCCCGGCCCGUCGCUCUGAGUCGCAGCUGGUUAGUGACAUUGAAGAGUCUCCGGCCCGGCCUUGCCCGAGAGACUCGGCGCCGCAGGGACGGAGGUUGGACACGCCCGGGCCCAGCACCAUGUGGGCCGCCGCCGCCGCCGCCGGCAGAGCUACUAAGAUGUUGGAAAGGAAUGUUUCUUCAAUUCUGAGACCAACUAAAGGAAUGGAUCUGAAGAUCAAGAGAGGUUUUUGCAGUAAAUCACAGGAGGGGAGCAAACAAAACCCUGAAGUAGGGGGGCAUUCCACCUUCAAAGUGCCAGGACACAAGCCUUCAGAUUGGGAAAAGAAGGUUCUGCUGUGGUCAGGCCGUUUCAAAAAAGUAGAUGAUAUACCAGAGACUAUCUCGUUUGAGUUGAUCGAUGCUGCGCGAAAUAAAUUGCGUGUGAAGAUCAGCUACCUGAUGAUUGCCCUGACAGUACUGGGAUGCAUCGCGAUGGUCAUUGAAGGAAAGCGGGCUGUCGGAAGACAUGAAUCCCUUACAACCCAAAACAUGGAAAGAAAAGCUCGCUGGAGAGAGGAGGUUGCUCAGAGUGCAUCUGCCAAACCCUAGGAGAGGGAGGAGACCUGGUGAGAAGGAUACAAAGAUGAUGCUUUCUUCAUUGAUGAGAGAGGGGUAGAUCUUCAUGUGUUUUGCUUUUACAUUAUGGUCCUCUGCUCUUAUGCUUUAGGAAAGACAAAUAAAUUAUUUUGUAGUAAUACUAAAAA